UAAGUACGAACACUUAAUUCGUUCACUGGUGCUGUUCGUUUUACGAUUGAGAAACGGUGAACGUAAGUAUCCGAUCAACUGUUUUCCAAAAUGUCCUUGUUCGGAUCACUAAUGGGUGAUCUUGAUGAUGAUCCUAUUUUUGGGUCUCACAUGCAAUCCAUGAGACACAUGAAUGACAUGAUGUAUUCCUUGUUCAAUGAGCCAUUCGGAAUGAGGGUCCAUCCUUGUCACAAUGCCAUCACAGAUGGUAACCAUAGGAGCAGAAGUCGUCAUGAACUUCAAAUGAUGCCUUUUGGAUUUCCACCAAUGCCAUCAUUUAUAUGGGCAAUUUGUUUUACAAACUUUGAUAAUAUGGCAUCGGGUGCAAAUUGUCAUUCCUACACUUCUAGAUCUGUAAUGACUAUGGCUAGCGGUCCUGAUGGUCUCCCACAGGUUUACCAAGCAACCAUGUCUACAACAACUGCACCUGGUGGUGUAAAAGAAACAAAGCAAACAGUUUUGUGAUCCCUUACUGGAGUAAAAAAAAUGGCUAUUGGUCAUCACAUUGGAGAAAGAGCACACAUUUUGGAAAGAGAGCAAAAUGUUCACAGUGGUGAACAAGAAGAACAUCAAGUUAUUAAUCUUGAUGAAGAAGAGGCAGAGAGUUUCAAUAACGAAUGGGAAACACGUACGCGCCGGACUGUUGGUGCUAUAGGAAAUUCUCAUUAUGGUAAUCAUCAUGGUUCUAGAAACCGGCCUGAUCAUAGACAACUGGCUUUACCUGAUGCAUCAGGAAGUCGAUAUUCUAAUUCUUCGAGACGGACACCUUCUCUUAGACGUAGUUUUAAAAAUCGCCUACGUCUAGAACAUAUAGCCCAAACUCAGACUUUAAGGUACAGCCGCAAAUAUUAAUAAAAUAAAAACAUAGUACCCAGCGGUGACACUUAUGCAACUUCAAAUUCAGCCGAUGAAAUAGAAUCUGCUAGUAUUAAAUCUACACCAGCAGCCUCUGCAAGUGUAGUAGGAAACCGAAAACGUAAACAUACACCGAGUACCAAAGAUUGCAAAAAAAGUCACAUUGUGUCGGAUAGUAAUGUUUAGAAUUUCAAUUAAAUUUCUUUUAUCUAUGUUUUAACUUUACUGCAGAACUUCGGUGAAGUUAAUCUCGUACGAAACGGUUUAAUGUACUUUCUGUAGUGAUUACCAAUAAUAGAGGGACUACUGAUUUGCUCUGAUGAAUCUAGAAAGAAGAAAAUAGGUUCCUGUAUAUUCUGUAAAUGAAAUAAACUGAACGAAUUUUUUUAAAUUUUUAA